GGCGGAGACUUGAGCCUGGGGUCGCCGGAGACGCCUGGGGUCUGAAGCCGCAAGCGCCCAGGGUGACCCUGUUUGCAGCACGAUGUCCGAAGAUGAGGCGGCUCAGAUCCCCAGACCCAGCGUAUGGGAGCAGGACCAGCAGAACGUGGUGCAGCGCGUGGCGGCUCUGCCCCUGGUCAGGGCCACGUGCACUGUGGUCUGCGAUGCUUACAGCUCAGCCAAGGACAGGCAUCCGCUGCUGGGGUCCGCCUGCCGCCUGGCUGAGCAGUGCGUGUGUGGCCUGACCACCCGUGCCCUGGACCACGCCCAGCCGCUGCUCGAGCACCUGCAGCCCCAGCUGGCCACCGUGAACAGUCUCGCCUGCAGGGGCCUGGACAAGCUGGAGGAGAAGCUUCCCUUUCUCCAGCAACCUUCAGAGACGGUGGUGACCUCAGCCAAGGACGCAGUGACCAGCGGUGUCACGGGCGUGGUGGACCUGGCCCGGCGCGGCCGGCGCUGGAGCGUGGAGCUGAAGCGCUCCGUGAGCCACGCCAUGGAUGUCGUGCUGGAAAAAUCAGAGGAGCUGGUGGAUCACUUCCUGCCCAUGACGGAGGAGGAGCUGGCGGCACUGGCGGCUGAGGCUGAGGGCCCGGAAGUGGGAUCAGUGGAAGAUCAGAGGAGACAGCAGGGCUAUUUUGUGCGGCUUGGCUCACUGUCAGCGCGGAUCCGCCACCUGGCCUAUGAGCACUCUCUGGGGAAACUGAGGCAGAGCAAACACCGCGCCCAGGACACACUGGCCCAGCUGCAGGAGACUCUGGAGCUGAUAGACCACAUGCAGUGCGGGGUGACCCCCACCACCCCGGCCCGCCCCGGGAAGGUGCAUGAGCUGUGGGGGCACUGGAGCCAGUGCCCUCCGGAGAACGGCCGCCGGAGCCAGGCAGAGCUGGAGACGCUGGUGCUAUCCCGCAGCCUGACCCAGGAGCUUCAGGGCACGGUAGAGGCGCUGGAAUUCAGUGUGCGGGGCCUACCCCCUAGUGCCCAGGAGAAGGUGGCUGAAGUGCGGCGUAGCGUGGACGCCCUGCAGACCGCCUUCGCCGACGCCCGCUGCUUUGGGGAUGUGCCGGCGGCCGCGCUGGCCGAGGGCCGGGGUCGUGUGGCUCGGGCGCACGCCUGCGUGGACGAGCUGCUGGAGCUGGUGGUGCAGGCCGUGCCGUUGCCCUGGCUGGUGGGACCCUUCGCGCCCAUCCUUGUGGAGCGAUCUGAGCCCCUGCCGGAUCUGGAGGCCCAGGUGGAUGAGGUCAUUGGGGGCCCUGACCCCCGCUGGGCACACCUGGACUGGCCGGCCCAGCAGAGAGCCUGGGAGGCCCAGCACGGGGAUGGGGACAGGGACGGGGUGGGCAGCGCCGGGGACAUCUGUGAGCAGGAGCCCGAGGCCCCCAGCCGCCCGGUCAAGCACACCCUGAUGCCGGAGCUGGACUUCUGACCCGUGGGCCAGUGGGAAGGCCACCUGCAAGCCGAGAUCGCUGCCGUCCCCUGAUGGUCACGUGUAAGCACGAGGCCUUGGCCUUGACCUGUCUGCAGAAUAGGGCUGAAUUUAGGAUCCCCAACCACCUUUUUCAUAUUGGACUCUCUCAUUCUUUCCUUGGACACAUGGACAGAGUCCCAGGAAAAGCAGGGCCUCAAACCCAAUUCAGGCCAACUUGAGGCACGAGCUGGGUUCUUCACCUGGGUCCUCCUCCCUGGCUCCAUGAAGCUCAUCCAAACCUCUCCAAGAGGCCGGGUGUAGUGGCUCCUGCCUGUCAUCCCAGCACUUUGGGAGGCCGAGGCAGGCGGAUCAUCUGAGGUCAGGAGUUCGAGACCAGCCUGGCCAACAUGGUGACACUCCGUCUCUACUAAAAAUACAGAAA